AUGUCUCCGCAAUCGCCCAGCCAGAAGCGAAAACGCGGCCGCCCUUCUCAACACUCAAAGAUCGCGUCGCAUCACACGUCGACAAGCCAGCCACCAGCAGGACCAAACGCCGAGGAAGAAAGGGAGGAAACAGACCCGCGACCUCGAAAACGAGGGCGCAGAGCAGAGAAGCAGAAUACCGAAGCGCCCGAUACCGCGAUCGAUGCUCCACCGGACCGACCUGGUGGAAGAAAACGAGGCCGACCCUCGGCUCGAGACGCUGCGCCUGGACAGCUCUCCCGGGUAUCGAACGCGCAACACGAACCAGGUCAAGAUGGCGACGAAAACCCAGUGCAGCCGCGUCGGAGUAAACGUGAUCGCUCCUCUUUAGAAGGAGCCAAGCCCUGGUGGGAGGUUGGCGGGAGCGCCAAUACAUCGCUUGUAGAAGCAGCUCCCAAAGGACCUACGCCACAGCAGCCCAAGAAGCGAGGACGGCCUUCUCUUGCCGACGUUUCUGUAGACGAAGCACAGAACAAGGGAAAGCGGGGACGCCCGUCCCGGUCGAACGACAAAGAGGAUGACGCCCCUGCCCGGAAACGUCGUGGGAGGCCCUCACUCGCAGAUCAAGAGGUGCAAGAGAUCCCGGUAUCGCACACAAAACGAAGAGGAAGACCGCCCACCUCUAAAGAGCCGCAACACGAGGUGGCCCGCCCGGAUAGCAUAGUGGAGGAGGCAGCCAGUUCCGAAGAGCAUCACCGGAAACGAGGGCGGAAGAUUCAACGACACCAAGCCCAAGAUUCUCUGAGCGAUGAGGUAGAGCAGCCCGGCGCAUCACAGGUCCGUCAGCUGAUUCCCCGGACUCGCCACAUACCACGAGCGACUAUUGCAACGAAAUGGGCUGCACUCGAGCCUGCGGCCAUCUCCCUCAUCGGGAAUCUACUUGGGGAAGCUGAGCGGCCAGUUCUUCUCCGGCUACGGGAUAGUCAGAACCGUCGAGAGCAUGCUCGUGCGGCAGUUUCAAUAGUCUCUCGCCGCGUGCGAUCCAAGCUCUCGAAAGGCAUGCCGUUUCCACCCUCUUCCACAAAGGCGCGGACUACUGUGGCUGGUGUCAAGUCCGGGCAAGAGGAUGAUCUGGACUUUGAGCGCGUAGUCGACACUAUGCAGGCCUUGGAGAGGACGCUGAGUCCGCUCUUGCAUUCGGUAGCGUUGCUGUCACAAGAGAAGGAGCGAGAAGAACAAGGACUAGAACAGGAUUAUGCGACACUCCGAACCCUAGAGGCUAAUGCGCGUUCGGAGGCCCGGUCGUGGCGAGAACGGCGGAAGAGAGCUCAUCCCUUGGCCCCAGAGGCACCUCUCAGCGGCGCUGAUGCUGACAGCAGCCCCGACCGGAGAACUGCGAAGCAUCCGAGUGAAACGGCAGCCGCCGGCCUGUUCAAAGUGAGAGAUCAUGGCAUGUUUUCAUAUGACCUGAUACUAACGAUGUCUGAGCAGGAUCUCCAGGGUGAUGAGUUGUUGUCGCUAUCAAAACAGCUGGCCAGCCACAUGGACAGCAUGAAGACCAAUCUGCAACAGAUCGGAGGAGUUGCGCCGGCUGUGCUAAGCAGCAGAGCAGCCCUGCAGCAGGUGCUGCACAAGCACCUGGACCCUCAGCAUUAUGAACGUGUCUUGCUUGGAUGA